UUCUGUAACAUUUUGGUUUGCUGAGGGUCCGCCAUAUUACAUUAUUUUCCUGUCGACGUGCGUGGUAUCAACCGCUCGGGCCUAUAGCUGUUGAAUAGCAUCGCUAAAUAUUGGUUGCCGCUGCGUCCACCUUGCUUCACAAUACGUCGGACCUUAGAUUUGAAUACAAUGGGUGACCGCAAGAACCACAAUAUUAUGUUUGGGCCUGAGUGGCUUCGCAAUAUGGCGCGCGAGCAGAGCGCUGGAAGAACAAACUCCAGUCAGAACACCGGGUCUGGAAGGUCUGGCACCCACGGGGCUGGUUCGCCAGCGGAGCCUGGGGGCCAGGCCUCGUCCUCAGUGAGUCCACCAGCUGGAGCCGCGGCGCCGACACCUAGCACUUCAUCUACCACAAGAAACUCAAAUUCUAAUCAGCAAAGCAGAGUGCGCCUCGCGAAACGACGAUAUGGCAGGGAAGAAAUGUUGGCGCUAUGCGAACGGAACGCAGAGCCCCCCGAGGAGUUAAAACAUUUUGAAUUAUUAUAUCAGACUAGAGAGAAACAACCAUUUGCACUUAACACAUUCGAAGAGGAGGUGCGGGACAACAUGCGGGGCGGCCCUUCUAGCGGGCCGAUGCCACCCGAGCGUUUCGGCGCGGUCAGGGGUGCGGCCCGCGGCUCCGGGACCGGAGAACCACGCGGUCGGGGCCGACUGCCGUUCGUACGCCAUCCACUCAGUCAGAAUGCUGCUAGAGGUUCCGCACCUUUGCACGGGAGUAGCGCUCGUACGACCGGCUUUAGCGCGGGAGCAGAGGAAGAGUCUGCGCCGGUCCGGCCUUGGAGUGCGAGCAACGGUGGCGCGCAGUCGAACCGGACCGGCGAAGCGGGCGAGUGGGCUCAGAGCAAAUUGUUCCGCAGACGUCCAAACAAUCACACAAAUUGGCGGCAAACAUCGCGCGAUGAAGGGGACGAAUGGCGGAAUAAUUUAGAAAACCCCGGAAGACCGCAUACGCGCUCGAAUGCAGACAAGUGGGAUCGAGACUGGAGCGAGGGCGAUCGGAGAACAAAUCAGGAUCGCCCGCAGCCCUGGAGCGCUUCUCGUCGAAGUUGGGUCGGCGGGGACAACAAUAAUGAGGAAAAUUUACCGGAAUGGGCAAUGGACAGUGCAGAACCGGGCGCAGGGACGUUUGACGCCUCAGGCGCAUUCCACGGUUACAGCAACGAUGACUCGAACUUACCUAAAUCGCAGGAAACUAAUCACCCUUUAACACGCUCGCACACACACGGCAGUUUUGCUCGGGGUAAAGGCCCCGAAGAGGGCUCAGACGAAUGGUGGGCAUCCGAUAAAGCCAAGAAACUCUCACCGAAAAGAUUCAAUGCGGACGAACGAAAACCAAAAAAGCCACCAAGUCCCGCAUUAACCGAUCCCAAACCCGGCACAAGCUACUCGCAACAGGCAGCCGGUAACAACGAUAAUGACCCAGAGAAGUCUUUCGAUAAUGAGUCGGAAACGAAUAAUAACAACAAUAAACUAACUGACGAUCAGAAAAGCAGUGGACCUGUCCAAAAGUUCAUCGACUCAAACACUUUUGGAGCUAUGGCACGCUCGGAGACCGGUUUCACAGAUUCAAAGGAUGAACGGGGCAGUUACCAGUCGGUUAUGAUCAACCCAGUGAACGACCUUCGUCAGAAGCAUCAGAGCAUAGGAAUGUCUAAUGAUCGACAGCGAUGUAACUCAGGGGUGUUCUAUCAAAUGCUACACGGAAUACCAAUGAAAGACGGCAACCAGUUGGACGAUGAAGCAAUCCUUGAUGAGCUGCUGGAUAUGACGCUAACCGAUUCUGACCUUCCGUCCUCUAACAUACAAACGCACCAAGGGCUCCAGGCAGCUGGCAACGCCAGCUCCGUGAUACCACAGCACCACAUCCAGAUUCCGCCGCCGAAUCUGCAAAUGCCGCCGCCGAACCUACAAAUGCCUCCACCUAACAUCCAAGUUCCGCCGCCGAACCUCCAAAUGCCACCACCUAACAUGCAAAUGGGGAUGCCGAGUCCCGGGAUGAACACGCAGGCUAUGCUGAGUAAUGCAGCGUUAACCCCCGGGAUGACCUCCGUGAUGGCACCCGGGAUGGCUCCCGGGAUAGCCCCUGGGAUAGCCCCCGGGCUGAACACCGGCGCGACUAUGGUGACGGCGAGGCAAGCACCGCAAAUGCAGAGCAUUGGAAUCCACAAUCAAGCCCUCAACACAGCUUUGGGAUUAACUGUCGGAGGUAACAACGGCAUAGCGAUGCCAAUGGAAGGAUCUUUACCGCCGGUGAUGCAAAACUCACAAAGGAACAUGGCAACAGCGAUGCAUUCCAGGCAGGUUAUGGGAGCAUUUAACUCGGAUAAUAUUCAGAUGCCACUUAACGUCGCCACGAAUUCACUCUUCAUGGACCAUACCAAUCCACCGCCGCCGAUUCCAGCACAAAAUGACAUACAACUCCAAAAUGCACCAGAGCAACAGCAGAGCAAUCUAUACCCAAUAGGCAUGCAGCGUUCAUCCGUUGAGGAGACUCUUGAGACUCUAUACGCUAACAUGAUGCAAAUGAAUGUGCAAAAUAACCAAACCCCAGAGAAUCCUGCCGAUCAAUGGUUCUAUGAGGACCCAGAAAAAGUCGUUCAAGGGCCGUUCACGUCGAAGGAAAUGUUUCGUUGGUAUGAGGCCGGAUUUUUUAGCCCCUCUUUAAUGAUCCGUAGGGCGACCGAGACCCAAAUGCGCCCAUUGGGCUCCUAUGGUCCCAUGGUACCGUUCGCAUACUUCAUGGAUAAUUUGCAAAAUUACCGCACUGUACCUAUGCCAUUCGACCCUCGUACUCUAACAACUCAGGAAUUGAUCACAGCAAGGGUCAACAUUAACGAGGCACUUUGGGGACAGCCUGGCCCAUCCCAAGACUACAUGUGGGUCCAGCAAAGACAAGCCAACCAGGGUGAUAUUGUUAACAACUUGCCGACUUACUUCUGGGAGUAUCCGCCUAACACUAGUACGAUGAAUUUGCCCGCGGACAUUGUUAAAGAUAUGAAGACUGAAGACGAAAUACUGGCGCAACUAAGGGCCAAGCAAAACAUCCCGCUGCCUCAGCAAAUUCCGCCGUUUCUAAGCGACAAUGCUGCGACCAGUUCGUCUAGCACCACGACGAUCAGUCCAAGCGAUGACACUUUUGUCCGUGCAACUCCUGAUCUGGGGAAAUUGCAGCAAUUGAUACAGAGCGAGACGCAGACAAGCGAGUCUAAAUCCGAAAGCGAGGACUCAGAGACAAAAUCUGAGGUGCCUGACAAAGUGGCCGGACCUGCGGCAAACAAAAGUCAACCUUCUCAGCAGAAGAAUGCGUCCGGCGCUAAGACAAGCAAACAGGCCAAGGCGGAGCUUGAAAAACAGGCAAAGCCGAAGGAAAACAGUACCGGUGCAAAGAGUAAGAAGAAGAACAAGGAAGAAAAGAAAGAUGACGAUAUUAAAGUGAAAGAAGAGGAAGUUAAAUCUGAGUCAGCAAUGGAGUCCUUGCCGUCGAAAGGCAAAAAGGAAGAUAAACAAACCAAGAAGGACAUUGAGAAGGAGAAAAAGGAGUGGCUCAAAGAAGGAUUCACUCUCGUCAAGGGAGCGGAGAAGAGCAAUAAUAAAGAAAGCAAGAAGAGAUUAGAAGAGGCCAAGGCGGUCGAAGAAUUGGAGAGAAAAAAGAAGGAAGAAGAAAAGCUUGCUGCUGAAGAAGAGAGAAAAAAGAGCAAGCAACUGUUGGAGAUACUUAACAACAAGCAACCGGAACACCAGCAACGUCAGCUCUUGGAGACGCUCAUAAAGAGGGCGCCGUGGUCGGUGGCCAAUCAGACGGUCGCGAGCGCGAAGGACGGCAUGACCCUGUCCGAAAUACAGCGCUUGGAGCGCGAGAAGAAAUUGGAACAGGUCAAGGAACAACAACAUAUGAUGCACCUACUGGCGCAGCAACAAGCCGCGGCUAUGGCUAGAGAGCAGGAGAUCCAGGCGAAUCUAGCUUGGGCCAGAAACAAUUUGGAGAACAAGGGUACCGGACCAACCUUAGCAGAGAUUCAGGCGGAAACAAGGCGGCAGUCGGCGGCGUCUGCAUAUAUUACCACCCAGCCUCUAGAGGAUAUAAUCCCGCUUCCGCCGCUCAUCCCCCUACCUUCUAGUGUCGCACAAUGGGGGGGCGCUACUAAUGGAGGUGGAUUUUGGGACACCCCUUCAAGUUCAGCAAUCGCAUCACCCGCGCCUGCGAAAGUGGAGAAACCACAAGAACCGGCUAAGCCAGCUGCAGAGCCGAAGAUCAAGAAGAAAGUCACGAUUUCCAACGUUGCCAAAAGAGAACCCUCCCCGAACAGUGAGUUUGAGGCCUGGUGCAGCACUGCAUUGGUCUUGUGGAGGACCAAGAUUGAUGUUCCAACCUUCGUGGGAUUCCUGAAAGAUAUUGAGUCGCCAUAUGAAAUCAAAGACUACGUAAAGUGCUACCUCGGCGACACCAAGGAAUCUAAUGACUUUGCUAGACAGUUCCUCGAAAGAAGGUCCAAGCUUCUACGCGUCGGGAUGGUGACUCCAUCAGACGACCUUUGCUCCCCCGCCAUUGCCGUCAACCCUCGAGUUCCUCUCUCGGAGUAUCAAGAAGUUAAGGGUAAAGGCAAGAAGUCAAAAAAGAAUAAAAUGCUCAAAGUGGACGCUCGUAUACUCGGCUUCUCCGUCACGGCCUCCGAAGACCGGAUCAAUGUAGGCGACAUUGACACCGCGUAAGCUCCGCCAUGUGAUAGCCGCCGUAGGUAUUAUAAUAUUUCGCACUACACACCCGGAAUGCGGUGCCACGACGCCCGAUGGUAUCCAACGACCGUUGCUGCACUGCAUUCCUCAAGUCCGAACCGAACAGCUGGAACGCAAUCUAACAAAUAUUUAACCUACAUUGUUUAAUUAAUUUCUAACUAAAUCGAGAAGUUUUAUUGCCCUCGCACACCAUGUCGACUCGUCUAAUAUUUACUUUUAAACGUGAGCUUUAAAUCAUGUGACAUAAAGAAACACUUUGUCGUAUGAUUUAAGUCGAGUCGGUAUGGUUUUGCGAAGUCCAUAAAUUAUAGAGUUUUGGAUUGCCGUUUUUAAGUGACCUUGAAGUUUUUUAACUAAUUUAUCCUUAAAAUUUAACGAUAAACUAGCUAAGAUAGCAGUUGUCGAAACAGAUUUAGACUUAACUUUAUUUGAACUGGUUUUCCUCCUUGUCAAUUUAGUUUAUUUAGAGAUUAGUUUACAAUUAACCUCUAAUAUCAACACUGGCCUGGAUAUCCCCCAUAAAAACGACAACUUAAAUUGUGUCCCCAUUCGAAGCGCCGAAUGUGACCUAUGAGUGUCUCUGGAACUUACACUGUAUUUAAGAAAUAAAAUUUUAGUUCCUGGGGCAUUCAUAUUAAAGUUGCACAACAAACGACGCUAAAAUGGAGUCAAUCAAUUUGAUACAAAAACAAAGUGACACCAGCCUUUCAGAAAUAUAGAAUUGUUGAAAAUGUUUUAUCUUCUUGGUAAAUAAAUAAAAAUAAAUAAAAUUGGGGCUAGAUGGCGAUGUGUGUAUUGUCGUAGUAUAUUUAUUUAUUAUUUUAUUCUUGGUAAGAAAUUUAACAUUAUUCAACUCGAUAACUAUAUAUAGGCUGAUCGUCACUUUGUAAACAUUGCUUCAGUAACUCAGUCAUCUCGAUAUAACCCAUUCCAGCCUCAUUAUUUAUAAUUAAAAAAUAAAAGUUUGUACAGUAUACUUUAAUUGUGAAUAAUUGCAAAGUAACCGGAAUUAUUAAAAACACGAUCCGUUUAAAAAGAUGAUGACUAAACGAAAUUGACCAAGAUUUAAAAAAUGUUUAAAGUUCCUGCAUAAAAAUGCCAGUGACACCAAGGAAUUACAUUCAAUCAAAUUGUUGAAAACUCCCGUACUGACUCAAAUAAAUACGACAACCCGUUUGUGAAAAUUAUUGGUAGCAGCCAAUCAGUUUCGACGACUACCGUCGGACGGUACAUUUUCUCUAUUUGUUAUUUGUAGAAGAUAUAUCUUAUUAUAGUAAAAUAUUGAAAUAUGUAUAGUUAUGCAAUUAUAUAUUUAUUGAUACAUACAAAUUUAUGUAAUCGGAUUUUAUAAACACAAGAAGCGCACAUUCCAAGUCUGUGUGUCCCAUAGAUUUUUCUGAACGGCAAUAUUAUAAGGGUCGGACCUAUUUAUGUACCGUGGCGAGGAAGUACGUAGAAGUCAAGUUCAACAUAAACAGUAUCUUUAUCAUAAAUAUCCACCCUUCACUGGUCCACUACGGGGCUCAAGUCGCAUCUAACAACGAGAAGGGUGUAGGCCAUAGUCCUACCGUGAGUAGACAAUUUGCAGUGGACUUUACAAGCUUUCGGGGAGACUAUGGAGGACUCUCGAGUAUGCAGAUUUCGUCACGAUGUUUUCCUUCGCCGUUCAAGCAAGUGUUAUUUAAUUGGUAAAAUUAAAAAAAAGCCUAUUAUUGCGUAAAGUUAUCUAGUUGCUCUAAAUCUUAAAGGCAAGUUAUCCGCCCUUUGAACGGUGCCAGAUCGAAGUUAUACUUAUAAGAACCAUAAUUUAAAACGGGACACGCGGCAUCAAUAAUUUGAUACUACUGAUGGUAAAAGAAUACCAGGCGUCCAGAUGUUGGGGAUGCCAUUUCUUUGGCCAGAGGUACGAACAUAUAUUGACUUGCGGUAUUAAUGCUAACUCUUCAAAGCAACCUCCUCAAAAGUCAGUGGAACACAUAUGGAGCUAAUAUAUCCCUUCAGUGCUCUUCAGAGUCAUAAGUGUAGGUCCACAAGUAAAUUUUCCGUCUUUUCUAUCCGGUAAAUAUUCAAGGACUUCAUUAACCACUAUGGUUUAUUGAGGUUCCGAGAACCUCUAUUUCGAUUCCCGAUGAAUCUCAAAUUUGAACUGAAUCUAAAAAAAACCUUCAGACAAUAUUUAGGGAAAAGUCGAUAAAUUUGAAAACGACCUACAUUUCGGAAAGUUUCGCCCUCACAUGUGUAUGCCGUUAGGACCUGUUUUCUUCAAGACCUAGGGCUAAACUUUUGCCCGCUAUACUUCGCCGUACUAUCUACUUACACAUACGUUACUUACGAACGUACUUCGAUGUAUACGUCGUACGUGUACGUGGAAUAAAAAAAUCGCCGUACUGUAUACGUAAACAGGUUCAGUAGACCCGUUAUAAAAUCCGAUUGUAAUUGUUUGUAUAUAAAUUUAUUUAAUGUUUUAGGUGUUAAAUGGAAUUUAUUAAAUAUAUCUGUAUUUCAAGAUAAUUCAAAUGUUGUAUUGCAUGUUUGUCCUUGUGAUUUCACUGUUUAACAUUAACGUAGUUCUGUCUUAGUAACAAUGUCUUUGAAUGUUAAUACCGCGACGGAAUUUUUUAACUAACGAAACUAUUCAAACUCGAUAAACUAUUUGCCUUAAAACUUAAAAUGAAAAUCUUUAUU